GCCUCAGCCUCCUGAGUCCUGGGAUUACAGAGAUCACGUCACACGGUGAUAUUGGCUGAGCUCUGCUUGACUUGGCUCUGUGCAGAUGGAGUCGAGGACUCAGUGGUGUCGGUCCGAAUGACAGCAGCCUUCUGUCCAAAAUGGAGAAGAAGCGAAGGAAGAAAUGAAAGCCUCACUACGGGCCAAGCUGCGGAUGGCCAUGGGACUUAACUUCUAUUUACGUUGGACAAGACUGUAGGAUGGUUGACCAGUAAAGUUGCAGCAUUUAGCCAAAACACAAGUUCAUUUUUGAUCAAGGAAGAAAAAGUGUGGUUGGAUUUUAGCAAUUUUAUUCACUUGUGACCAUGAAGCUUGUCAAUGUCUGGCUGCUUUUGCUAGUGGUUUUGCUCUGUGGGAAGAAACAUCUGGGUGACAGGCUGGAGAAGAAAGCGUUUGAAAAAGUGCCAUGCCCUGGCUGUUCCCAUCUGACUUUGAAGGUGGAAUUCUCCUCAACAGUUGUGGAAUAUGAAUAUAUUGUGGCUUUCAACGGCUACUUUACAGCCAAAGCUAGAAAUUCAUUUAUUUCAAGCGCCCUGAAGAGCAGUGAAGUAGACAACUGGAGAAUUAUACCUCGGAACAAUCCCUCCAGUGACUACCCUAGUGACUUCGAGGUGAUUCAGAUCAAGGAAAAGCAGAAGGCAGGGCUGCUGACGCUUGAGGGCCACCCCAACAUCAAGCGGGUGACGCCCCAGAGGAGGGUCUUCCGUUCCCUGAAAUUUGCUGAGCCGGACCCUGUUGUGCCUUGUAAUGAAACUCGCUGGAGCCAGAAGUGGCAGUCGUCACGUCCCCUGAAGAGGGCCAGUCUCUCUCUGGGCUCUGGUUUCUGGCAUGCCACUGGAAGGCAUUCAAGUAGACGGUUGCUGAAAGCCAUUCCACGCCAGGUUGCUCAGACACUACAGGCAGAUGUGCUGUGGCAGAUGGGAUACACAGGUGCAAAUGUCAGGGUUGCUGUUUUUGAUACUGGGCUGAGCGAGAAGCACCCCCACUUUAAGAAUGUGAAGGAGAGAACCAACUGGACCAAUGAGCGGACUCUGGAUGAUGGUCUGGGCCAUGGUACGUUUGUGGCAGGCGUGAUUGCCAGCAUGAGAGAAUGCCAAGGAUUUGCCCCAGAUGCAGAGCUUCAUAUCUUCAGGGUCUUUACCAACAACCAGGUGUCUUACACGUCUUGGUUUUUGGAUGCCUUCAACUACGCCAUCUUGAAGAAAAUUGAUGUACUAAACCUCAGCAUUGGUGGCCCUGACUUCAUGGAUCACCCCUUUGUUGACAAGGUGUGGGAAUUAACUGCUAACAAUGUUAUCAUGGUUUCCGCUAUUGGCAACGAUGGACCUCUGUAUGGCACUCUGAAUAAUCCUGCUGAUCAGAUGGAUGUGAUUGGAGUGGGUGGCAUUGACUUUGAAGAUAACAUCGCCCGCUUUUCUUCCAGGGGAAUGACUACUUGGGAACUACCAGGAGGCUAUGGUCGUGUGAAGCCUGACAUUGUCACCUAUGGUGCUGGAGUGCGAGGUUCUGGUGUGAAAGGGGGGUGCCGGGCCCUCUCAGGGACCAGUGUCGCCUCUCCAGUGGUCGCUGGCGCUGUCACCCUGUUAGUGAGCACAGUCCAGAAACGUGAGCUGGUGAAUCCUGCCAGUAUGAAGCAGGCCCUGAUCGCAUCAGCCCGGAGGCUUCCUGGAGCCAACAUGUUUGAGCAAGGCCAUGGCAAACUGGAUCUCCUUAGAGCCUAUCAGAUCCUCAACAGCUACAAGCCACAGGCAAGCUUGAGCCCCAGCUACAUCGACCUGACUGAGUGUCCCUACAUGUGGCCCUACUGCUCACAGCCCAUCUACUAUGGAGGAAUGCCAACAAUCGUUAAUGUCACCAUCCUCAAUGGCAUGGGUGUCACUGGGAGAAUUGUGGAUAAGCCUGACUGGCAGCCCUACUUACCACAGAAUGGAGACAACAUUGAAGUCGCUUUCUCCUCCUCCUCGGUAUUGUGGCCUUGGUCCGGCUACCUGGCCGUCUCCAUUUCUGUGACCAAGAAGGCAGCUUCGUGGGAAGGCAUUGCCCAAGGCCAUGUCAUGAUCACGGUGGCCUCCCCAGCAGAGGCAGAAGCGAAAAAUGGUGCUGAACAGACUUCAACAGUGAAGCUCCCAAUUAAGGUGAAAAUAAUUCCCACCCCUCCUCGGAGUAAGCGGGUCCUCUGGGAUCAGUACCACAACCUCCGCUACCCACCAGGCUAUUUCCCCAGGGACAACUUACGGAUGAAAAACGAUCCCCUGGACUGGAAUGGGGAUCACAUCCACACAAACUUCAGGGAUAUGUACCAGCAUGUGAGAAGCAUGGGCUACUUUGUGGAGGUUCUUGGCGCUCCCUUCACAUGCUUUGACGCCACUCAGUAUGGGACUUUGCUGAUGGUGGACAGUGAGGAGGAGUACUUCCCUGAGGAGAUCACCAAGCUGAGGAGGGACGUAGACAAUGGCCUCUCGCUCGUGGUCUUCAGUGACUGGUAUAACACUUCCGUCAUGAGAAAAGUGAAGUUCUAUGAUGAAAACACGAGACAGUGGUGGAUGCCAGAUACAGGAGGUGCCAACAUCCCAGCUCUGAAUGAGCUGCUGUCUGUAUGGAACAUGGCAUUCAGUGAUGGCCUAUACGAAGGGGAGUUCACCCUGGCCAGCCAUGACAUGUACUAUGCAUCUGGGUGCAGUAUCGCUAAGUUUCCAGAAGAUGGCAUUGUCAUAACACAGACUUUUAAGGACCAAGGAUUGGAGGUUUUAAAGCAGGAAACGGCAGUUGUUGAAAAUGUCCCCAUUUUGGGACUUUAUCAGGUUCCGUCUGAGGGUGGAGGCCGGAUUGUGCUGUACGGAGACUCCAAUUGCUUGGAUGAUAGUCACCGACAGAAGGACUGCUUUUGGCUUCUGGAUGCCCUUCUACAGUACACAUCCUAUGGGGUGACCCCUCCCAGCCUUAGCCACUCGGGGAACCGGCAGCGCCCUCCCAGCGGGGCGGGCUCGGCCCCUCCCGAGAGGAUGGAAGGAAACCAUCUUCAUCGCUACUCCAAGGUUCUCGAAGCCCACUUGGGAGACCCGAAACCAAGGCCACUGCCAGCCUGUCCACACUUGUCCUGGGCCAAGCCCCAGCCUUUGAAUGAGACAGCGCCCAGUAAUCUUUGGAAACACCAGAAGUUACUCUCCAUCGACCUGGACAAAGUGGUGUUACCCAACUUCCGAUCGAAUCGCCCUCAAGUGAGACCCUUGUCCCCUGGAGAGAGUGGUGCCUGGGACAUUCCUGGAGGCAUUAGGCCCGGCCGCUACAACCAGGAGGUAGGCCAGACCAUCCCUGUCUUUGCCUUCCUGGGAGCCAUGGUGGUCCUGGCCUUCUUUGUGGUGCAGAUCAAUAAGGCCAAGAGCAGGCCGAAGCGGAGGAAGCCCAGGGUGAAACGCCCACAGCUCAUACAGCAGGCCCACCCACCUAAGACCCCGUCAGUGUGACCAUCGGUCUGGCUGACCAUUGUCCUGAUCACCCUGGUGGGCAAGUGGAGCCCAGACAGUGUUUCAAGGGGUCCCCAUGCCAGGGCCUCCCCUCCUCCGAUGCACCCAGGCCCGCAGUACCUCCUGAAGUACCUCAUGGCCCUGGGCACCAGUAAGAGGGACUCCAUGGGCAGCCUCACGUGGUGUCAUGCCUGACCAGGCACCAGAGAUGGCUCUGCCCUGAGAGGACAACAUAUUUUCUCCGUAAGCUCAGCUGCCUUGACUGAGCUAAGAUACAUGCGCUUGUUAAAGGCUAUUUUCUAUAUUUAUUGUGGAGAAGAGUCACUUUAAAGACUUGUGCUAUUUGAAGCAAAGCUAUUUUUUUUGUUAAUGGAAUGCAGUUUUCUACUAUUACACCAUGAGAAACAACACAGAUUCCGUAGUCUCCUUUUGGAUGAGAGGACAGAUUUGAAGGAAACUUGCACAAAUCUGUGAAACAUAGACCUUUGCUUUAUUUUUAUAAGUAUCAACUGCCAUCAUGUUUUGUAAUUUGGGGUCUUGAUUUCACCAUUGUUGGUGAGGAAUUUUCAAUAAAUAUACAUAACCUGUCUGAAGCUGAAAA